AUGCCGACCUUUCGCUUUCGAUUUCUUCGGGCACCUGCGGGGACGGGCCCUGUCCCGCAUGGGGCAGCGCCGCGGCGGUGGCGGCUGAGGGAGCGCACCUGGGACACCAUGAGGCUGGUCCUCGCCAUGGUGCUGGUCACGCAGCUGGAGCGCUCGGACGCCGCGGGCUGUGAGCUGGGCGAGUACCCGCAGGGCACCGAGUGCUGCCCCAUGUGUGCUGCGGGAUGGCGGGUUUUCAAGCACUGCACUGCCAGUUCCAGCACAACGUGCAUACCUUGUAUGGAGGGGACCUACACAGAUCACCCCAAUGGUUUAACACACUGCAGGACAUGCAAAGUGUGUGAUGAAGGGGCCAACCUGGUGACAGCAGCACCGUGUACCUACACGAAGAACACGGUGUGUGGCUGUCGGCCAGGGCACUUCUGCAGCUCCCCCGGGCCCGAAGGCUGUGAGCUCUGCCAGCCCUACACUGUCUGUGUGCCCGGCACUGUGGUCAAAGAAUGGGGUACAGCCACCAAGGACCAUGUGUGUGAAGUCUGUCCUCCUGGCACCUUCUCCACAGCCAACAUGUCUGUGGCCUGCACACCAUGGCCCAGACCUAAGAAGCAGAACCCUUCCCCAGCUCUGCCUAAGCCGGCAAUCAUAGCAAUUCUUGUCUCUGUUGGUGUGAUCGUGGCGGCUGCUGCAGCUGCUCUCACAUAUAACUGGCAGAGGAGGAAAAGGAAAAGUUACGUGCCACCGGUGCAGGAGUCAGAGCGUGAACAGCAUGGUCAGGCCUUGAGGGUCAUCGAGGAGAAAGGGGAUCAAACAACUGUUCCUGUGCAGGAAGUGGGUGCUGACCCCGAAGAAACCAGGCCUGAAUUGCACAAUCUUGUUUGAAGCAUGACAGACAAUGGGGAUGAUUAAAAAGAAGCAAGCACAAACCCUUUUCUUCUGCAACUCUGUGAAGGAAAAGUCAGCCUGGAAAUGAAAAGGAGGGUUUGCAAAGGAGGUAAUGAAAUGGCCCAGUGGCAUCCUGGGAAACAUCAAGGUCUGAAAGAGUUGAGUGAUCAAGGGAGUGUCAUCAGCAGCUGGAAAUCUCUUCUGUUAUCCAUCGCCUUCAUGGAGCAGUGGGCUGUGUGGAAUGCCUGCAGUUCUCUUUUGCUUCCCUCACAGAAAGCUGACACUUGAUACAUAUUAAUUACUCUAUUAUUGAUUGUUGGUGGGGAAAAAAUGGUUCUUUUUCCCUUUUAAGCAUUCCUCAUACAUAACAGAGUUUUUUCAAAUGCAUUUUGUACACAGUUUUGUUUUUUAGCUGGGAAAAGGAAUUGUGCACAGCAGGGAGCAUAUAUGUUUUAGUAAAGAAAGUUAAUAUCCUAUGUGACCACUGUGUUUUUAAAAUAAAGUUUUUACUAAUGAGAA